UGUCGCGGCCGCCAUUUUGUCGCGGCGGAGGCGGAAGGGGCUCGUCGCCGGCUGAGCCCGUUGGCUGCGCGCGGUGCUCGGCGCGGCCCCCGCGGCCCAAGAUGGCGGAGGCGGUGUCGGAGCUGUUGGAGCGCGCGGCGCGGCGCCAGGCCCGGCUGGAGGAGCUGCGCGCCCUGCGCCUCGCCCUGCAGGGCCUGCCCCCCGCCGCCCUCCGGCCGCGCCUCGCCGAACGCCACCUCGCAGCGCUCUUCGGCCUCCUCAGCGCCGGCGACCGGGAGCAGGUGUCUGCCUGUGUUUCCAUCCUGGAAAGGCUUCUGCCGGCCCUGGACCCACUCUACAUGAUCCAGAACCUCAGAGAAGAGCUUCAGAAAGGGCUUUUCCACCCUGAUGACUCCGUGAAGAUCCUCACCAUAUCGCAGGUUGGGAGGAUUGUUGAAGAUUCAGAUGCUGUUACAGAAAUUCUCAACAAUCCCGAACUGUUGCGACAAAUAAUAAAUUGCAUUGGUGGAGAGAAAAUAGCAGUGGCUAAAGAGGCCAUCAAAUCUCUCUCAAGAAUAGCACAGACGCAAGAAGGCUUAGAGGCUUUAUUUGUGAGCAGUUUGUUGAGUGACUUGAAAAAUGUCAUGGCAACAAGUGAUAUUGUUCGAUACAGAGUGUAUGAGUUAAUUGUUGAGAUUUCUUCAGUGUCAGCAGAAUCGCUAAAUUACUGUGCAAACAGUGGAUUAAUAUCAGAGUUAAUUGGAGAGCUGACUGGAGAUGAUGUGCUGGUCAGAGCAACGUGUAUCGAGAUGGUGACCUCGCUGGCCCAUACUCCACAGGGACGUCAGUAUCUUGCUCAACAAGGAGUUAUCGAUAAAAUCUCGAACAUCAUCGUUGGUGCAGAGUCUGAUCCUUUCUCGGGCUUCUAUUUGCCAGGUUUUGUUAAAUUUUUUGGGAAUCUGGCUGUUGUAGACAGCGCACAGCAGAUCUGUGAACGAUACCCUGUCUUUAUGGAAAAAGUCUUUGAAAUGGCAGAAAGUCACGAUCCGACCAUGAUUGGAGUGGCUGUGGACACGCUAGGAAUCCUGGGAUCAAAUGUGGAAGGCAAACAGGUUUUGCAGAAGACCAGAAGCAGAUUUCAAAAUCUAUUAAACAGGAUAGGGAACCAGGCAAAGAAUGCCCCCACCGAGCUGCGACUUCGAUGCUUGGAUGCAAUUUCAUCUCUUCUUUACUUGCCUCCAGAGCAGCAGACAGAAGACCUCUUAAGGAUGACUGAAUCCUGGUUCACAUCCUUGUCCAGCCAACCGCUGGAACUCUUCAGGAGCAUCAGUACUCAGCCAUUCCCUGAUCUCCACUGUGGGGCUUUGCGAGUAUUUACUGCUAUUGCAAAUCAACCGUGGGCCCAGAAGUUGAUGCUUGACAGUCCCGGGUUUGUGGAAUACAUAGUAGACAGAUCUGUGGAGCCUGACAAAGCCUCGAAGGAUGCUAAAUAUGAACUGGUUAAGGCUCUUGUAAACUCUAAAACAAUCGCGGAAAUCUUUGGCAAUCAGUAUUACCUGAGGCUGAGGGCCUACUUGCAUGAAGGCCCGUACUAUGUUAAGGCAGUUUCUACUACGGCUGUGGAGGGAGCAGAAUAAUGUUGUUGAUGUCUUGGUCCCCUUUGUUGCAAACCGUGUUACUGACGUGUGCGUGUAGACUCCCCGCACUGGAGUCUUUUGGUUGUCUCUUUAAGGGAACGUAAAGCACUUGGGCUCUCUUUGAAAUGAGUCAUAAAAACAAAUCAAAACCUAUAGGGCACAGGAUAGUUUCCCAUAGAAUGUUAUGGCAGAAGUUCUUUGUGCCGUCAUGAGACGGGUACCCAAAGUAAGUGCUCUGGCAGCUGUGGGCUGUGUCUUAUUUUGCGGAAUUUAUCAGUGUUUAGUUGAAUUGAUUGUGAGUUUGGAGUUGUCUCAGUAGAUCACCAUUCAAUUAAAAAAAUUCAAAUACCAAAACAUCUUGAAAUUUGUAACCUCUGAUGCUGUCACAGGUUCUUUUUUAAUGUUUUUAUAUCUGCCAAAGCUGGCACUCCUGUGAAAUGUGCUCCUUCAGCCAGUUGUGUUCUAUCAGAAACCCUGUUGGUAAGAACAAGCUUGUAACAUUCUGCCCACAUGAGGGAGUAUGAACGGGAUUCUCUUCUGUUUUCAGUUUGCUGAAUAUAAGUCUUGCUUGAAUAAAAAUCCUGAAUACUGUUUACAUUUUAUGCUGAGGAUGAAAAAAAAGCUUUUAGCCCUUUUAAAAACAAGUGAAUACAAGCUGUAGUGUACAAAAAACAAAUUGGGAGCUUUGUCUCCCUCAUUUGUUGUAUGGUAGCUUGGUUUACUUACUCAAGAGGAACGUGCGCUGUGGCACUACAAAUCUGUUUCUGAACCAAAUCUUAACUUGUUUACACUAUUUUUUAACAGAUGUUUUUUAAUUUUAGAUGUUAUUUAAAAAAUGUACGAUUUUAGUUGCCUGAGUUAGAGUAAAAGGGGUAAGAAGAUAAAGCUUUCAUAUUUAAGAGUCUGAACUGAAUUAGGAGGAUGAAAAUGUUGUACCUUAAGUUGUGCACCUUCCUCUGAAGGUGGUUACCUCACUGCGGGUGAGAUUCAGGAGUAGCUGGGCCACUGCUCACUCUAGAGACUCAUGAUGUGUCUGAGUCUGUGAACAAAGACCACAAUGUACUUUAUACAAAAGAUUUAUAUUAUUUUUGUUGAGGACAUAAGAAACAAAUCUGAGGAAUUGCUGGGGAAGAGCGUAGUAAAACAUGAAAUUAGUACUCUUGGGGUUAUUUUAGUAGUGUAUCAAGGCAGAUACACCUCUAUGGAAAGUAUUGGCCCCGUGUCCCCAUGCUGCCAAGUGAAGCAGGAUGAUCUCGUCACACGGUAACUCUUUUCUUGCUUGUAGUAGCUUUGAGCUGCAGUGGAGGUGAUGAUAUUGCCUGCCAAAAAUUGCUGGCAAGGAGUCAGAGUGGGCUCAGGGCUCAGAGGAGCAGGGUAUUUGGGAAGAUCCCUUAAUGUUUAAUAAGCUACGAAUGCAGGUGAUCUGCCUUGUUGCUUAUGAUCUAAUAUGUACAGAAGUUGUCAUCCAACAUUAUACUGCUGCUGAUGCUUUCAUCCUAGAUGUGCAUAAUAAACAUCUGCUAGUGGGAAACACGGUACACAGCAUCUCGUUUGUGAACAGAGAGCACGGAAGCUGCAUGAAACCUGUCUCCAGUAAAAACAUGAAAGCACUAAGAAGGAAAUGAAGAGAGUAUCGAAGUCCUUAGUUUGUACUCAUAUUGGACAGUUCAGCUUUGUUAUUUUAGGUGACUGUUCUCAUAGAGCUGUAUGAGCUGUAUACUAAAAUGUCAGUGAAAGAAAUCAAUCUAUAAACCUUUUCUGCAAUUCAUGAGUGUCUUCCCUGUGUGUUUUCAGCUGUUGCUUUUGA